UUUUGUGCCUUCAUGGACAGCUAUUUAUGGCACUUUUUUGUUCCGUGGCGGGACCAUUCACUGGGCUCUUCCUGCUGGCCCUGUCGUCGCCUUGGGUCAACGCAAAGGGCGCGGGUUGGGCGACGCUGCUGGUCUGCAUAUUCAUCCUCUGGCACGCCAUAGGAAGGAGCCUAUCGGAAAUCGCGCAACCUCCGUACCUUCCUAAAACACUCGACCGUUGCCCGCUACCUACAAACACGAGCGGCUGGACUGAGCCGCCUCUAGCUGGAGCACACCAACAACAGGACACGGGUUCGAGCGUGUUCGGGCUGUACCUGGUGUCUUUUUACUGGAUAUCCUUCUUCGGGGCCCUGAUGACCAUUUUCCUGGGUACUGCUCUCAGUCUUGUGACUGGUGGUCGCCGAAAGACAAGAGCAAAUCUACAGUACACUAGCCCAGUAUUUCUGAACUUCUGGAAGCGGUUCAGCUUUAUGCGUCGAACAUUUCAGCUCCAAGGAGACGAGAGGAAAAAUGGCGUUGCAGUAUUGCAACCGAAAAAGCGAGACGUCGAAGAUGAAGAACUCGUACGCCUCGACACGGAGCUGGCUCCUAUGAACAAAGAAAGUGAUUGUUUUGGAGGCUGUCUUAAUGAUUCGCAACCUGCUAAAGUUAAUAUUAAUGAAUCAACGUAGAAAAUUUUGCAUAUUUAUUAUGUUCAUUUAGCCUACACUGAUGCGGCACGCCUUUUCGCACGGCGUUGUCAAAACACCAGUGGGUUAUGUUUACAAAUCACCUUUUGUUGCGGGCUUCGUGCUUCCGGUAACGCGUUCCAAAACAUGGGAUGUAUGGCGAUUGUGUUUGUCGUUUGCGAAAUUUGCAGACAUUAAGAUAGGCGCUUAUUUUGUCCCCAUUGUAGUCGGCUGCAGUAUCGCUGCUUUUGUCGAUGGCUUUCGCCCGGCAGUUUUUCCACGAUAGCGUCCAACACUUUAAGUGAACCACACAAAGGUGUGGAUAUUGUGCGGUGUUCCCGGCGUGCCAGCUAGGGGCCGGAGAAGUUCGAUAUGUCACGAUAGCCACGCCAGGUACGCCGAGUACUUGCCUCUCGUAUUGCAACGCGUGGAGAGCAUGACCCUCAUCAACGCGCUAAUCGAGCACAAGAGGGCGUUGGAUUCACUGGAGUCUAACAUGUUACCUGCUUUAAACUUUUUCGUAGACGUGCACUCAGAGGACACACCAAUUCGAUUUCAUCAUCUCGCAUCAAUGGCCCCAUGUUUUUCUUUUUAUAGGUAAUAAAAAGUAAAAAAAAAAAACACGCUACCGCAUUGUGGAUAUUGUAGGGCAUGAGGGUAAGCUGACGUACGUGCUGUCAUCUUUUGUCUCUUCUAUUGAACGCCCAAGAGCUAUGCUUGACAUCGCAGUAGAGUGGCAAUUUUGUUCGCCUGGGAUUCUUUGAGAUACGUGAACAUUUAAAUAUGCAAGCGCUUUCGCAUGUAGUCGAACAUCAUGUGCAUUUAUUCUAGGCAAAUAAGAGAAGUAAAAAUAUCAGUUAGAGAUUGUUAGACUAUUGAAGUAUUGCACUAUUUUGCUUCAUUUGGCGCUGCGAUUAUAAUAGGACGUUCUAAGCAAAGCUGAGAGCAAGAUUUCUUGGAAAGAAAGGUGCGAAAGGGCGGCCGGAAGCGGCGUAUUAUCGACAAAAGCGUGAGUAGGAAACAGCAAGUGGAUGGAAAGCAAGGGAAGUCUGAUGAUGAUAUUUAUGGUACUGAAACCUACGGAACCAGAAAAUUAGAGCAAGAUUGAAGGCGUGCGCCGUCAAAUGCCCACUUUUUUCGUUUUAUUACCUGCCACAACACUGUACACAGGGUAUAGAGAGGGGUGAAUUUGAAAUAAAUUUACUCCUCUUUGCAGACAUUUAUUUAAAAAUAUAAACAGUAACAAAAGUCGAAGAUGAUGGCCGUACUGUGAUGGGAAGGCUUUGCAAUCCCUGGGGGUGAAGUGAACGAAUGAAGCUGAAAAAGUUGACGUUGAGUCUCGUUGGCGUGCCAUUUGGCGGGUAUGACCAGUGCUUCGCAAUAUGCACGUAGGGGUUUUGCAAUUAUAUUUGAGAAUGAGUGAAGAAUAAACCUCUACACCACU